ACUGACGUCAAAUCUAACUGUCAUUUUGUGUCUAUCCGUGUAAUUAUAUGCAUUUCGCGUUUUUCAUUUUCGGUGUCCUCUAAAGUGUAAAGUAAUUUGUAAGUUGUAAAUUUUCGGGGGUGGUUUUUUGAAUGUGCGGCGGUUUUUUUUGUUGAACGUCGAAAUAAGUAAAUAGUGUUAGAAACCGAUCAAUCCGCGUCAAAAAGUGCUUUUAUAAAGAACAAAUUAUAAAAUGGCAAAUAGAUCGGGAACAUCUCAAAGAGCAAACGGUCCAGCGCAAGGAAAAAUCUGUCAAUUUAAACUGGUUUUACUUGGAGAGUCGGCUGUCGGAAAAUCGAGUCUCGUGUUGCGUUUUGUAAAAGGGCAGUUUCACGAGUACCAAGAAAGUACGAUCGGGGCCGCGUUUCUUACGCAAACCGUUUGUCUCGAUGAUACGACCGUUAAAUUCGAGAUAUGGGACACCGCGGGCCAAGAACGAUAUCACAGUCUCGCCCCCAUGUACUAUAGGGGGGCGCAGGCGGCGAUCGUCGUCUACGACAUCACUAAUCAGGACACUUUUGGACGCGCGAAAACCUGGGUCAAAGAACUGCAACGUCAAGCAAGUCCGACCAUCGUGAUCGCUUUAGCCGGAAACAAACAGGAUUUGGCCAAUAAACGUAUGGUGGAGUUUGAGGAGGCUCAAACUUACGCCGACGAAAAUGGUUUGCUUUUUAUGGAAACGUCCGCGAAAACUGCUAUGAAUGUUAGCGAUAUUUUUCUUGCGAUAGCGAAAAAAUUACCUAAAAAUGAACAAGUAACAGGUCCAGGUGGUAACAAUCAAGGUCGAAGAUUGGCGGAGGGAGACUCGGGGGCGAAAGCUGCCGGAAAUUGUUGCAAGUGAUGGGGCUCCGGUUGUUGCACCUCAACCACAUUGAACUGAACUCGCGCCGUCCGUCAACGGCGGUGGCGCAUUAGUGAUAAAUCAGUGUAAUAACGUAAGCCCAUUUAAAUUUAAACGAUUUUACGAACUGUGUCCAUCUUCUGAGAGAUUAAAAAACAUCAAAAAAAAAUCACGAAAAUGAAUAAAGUGGUCUCACGUAGAUUGGCUAAGUUUGGACCCGUUUUGGAGGUGAGUUAUUUUUUCUCCUUUUUUAAAUUAAUUAUGUAAGUCUUUUUGUUUAUUUUGAUUUUAAAAUGAUGUUAAUCAAUAAGUUAUAAAAUUUAAUUUAAUGAAGAAAUGAUAAUGAUAAAAUUUUUGUACAUACGAAAGCUUUUUUUGCUCUACACUACGUUUUUCAUUCAAAUGUAAAUAAUAUAAGUGAUGUUAUUAAAAAAAAAGCAUUUAUUUUAAGUAAACCCCCACAGCCCCCAAAUUUAGACAAUCUACUUUUUAAAUACAACAAUUUUAAUGAUAUUUUUUUGUUAAUAAAAUUAAUUAAAAAAUCGGGAAUGUUUCGACUUAUUUCAAAUCGUUAUCAAAAUCUCUUUCUGUUAACCCGAAACACAUCUUUAAAUUAACUGAAUCAAUGGAAUUUUGUAACCCAAAAAAAAGGAAUGUUUUAAUUAAAAUAAAUGAUGACGUUUUGAAAAAGGUCUUGUAACGAAAAUGAAAAAUAGUGAAAUGUGUAAUUAACGACUGUUACUUAAGACAAACAAAAAAUCAACAAGAAUAAGUAAAAAAAAAACGAAUCGUAUAUAUAUUUUUAUGUUCCAAUUUGUCCUCUUAAACUUUUGUAAUUUUAAAAAAAUUAGCUGUUGCGUUCGUUCCACAA